AUGGAUCCCAACGUAUCUGGUUUAAAUGAUUCGUUUGAAGAGCAGUGGUUUGGUGAAAAUAUUUUGCCUGAAAUUUUCCCUGAUUUUAAUUGUUAUUUAGGGGAUAUUAAUGAUCCUGUAUUGUGUUGUGAUACACAAUUAGGCAGUGAUGAUGCUAACUAUGAUGUUACGCAAUGGCUAGAAUCAAAUGAACUUCCUGAAAAUUUGCCCGUUUUAAAUAACGACCCUUUUUUGACACUGCAAAACGAUGAAAUUCGACAAAAUUUCUAUGAAGGUAACAUUCAAGUUGGUGGGGGAAACGUACCCGCAGCAGAAAUGGAAAAUAACAUUUUGGAAAACGUGGUAAAUGAACUUAACGAUAUAGAUCCGAAUCAAGACGAAAACAGCGCUCUCGUACAACUCAAUCACGGAAGACAGCGAUUACCACGGUUUCUCAUGAACAAUUAUUCUAUGGAGUAUCGCAUUAGAGAUCCACCGGUUGGUCAAAAUUCUAUUACUUGGACUAUGCAAGCCUUUAGAGAGCUUUACGAUAUAAUUAUGACUGCUGGCAACGAUAGGAAUAAUCGCUUCACGAUGAAUUUCAGUUUUGCAGAAUUAUCAAAUUUGGCGGGUGUAGCGGUUCCUAAAGAAGGAUGUGGGAUUGAUGAAAUAAAAUCUUUCCAAAAUUAUUUGAAAUACCAGGGAAUGGCUAUGAUAGUCUUUAGUGCUGAAAAGGAUAAUAGUGCGAAACAGUACCCAGUGGUUUUUGAUGGAACCGUACAAGUGUUAAAUCACUACGGAAGCGUAGCUGUUACGCUGCGAAUUCUUUACUAUUCACAGGAACUUUGUGAAGAAGGACAUUUUUGUUUCAUGACACCUGUGAAGAUACCUCCAUCAACCAAUCAGAGUGUAAAAUUCGUGUAUUAUGAUCUUGAGACGCGUCAAGAUGAUAAACUUCAUGGUAGUGAAAAGAUGAACAUUCAUGUACCGAAUUUAUGCAUCGCUCAACAAGUGUGCAAUGUAUGCUGUGAUACUGAUGACCUUGAGUUAGGUGAAAAACGCCCUUUAUGUGAUAGCUGUGGGAUUUGUGAAACAGUUUUUCAUGGUGAAGACUAUGUAAAAAAAUUUGUAGACUAUGUUUUAGAACUAAGUAAACUCAAGACUUGUAAGAAAGUGGUAUGUAUAGCGCACAAUGCUAAAGGUUUUGAUGCACAAUUUAUCCUUACGGAGUUGUUCAAUAGACAAAUAAAGGAUAUCGAUACUAUAAUGACGGGUACUAGUGUUACCUUGAUUGAAUUCAAGAAUAAAAAAAUUAAAUUUAUUGAUAGUUUAAAUUUUAUCUCGGCACCAUUGUCAGCUCUACCCAAAUCAUUCGGCUUCGAAGAUAAAAUGCGGAAAGGAUAUUUUCCUCAUUUUUUCAACACCAGAGCCAAUCAAGACUACAUCGGUGUAAUGCCAGACAAACAGUUCUACGGAUUCAACUCUAUGUCUGAGAAAUCUGCACAUCCAAAGAAGUCGGAAAAGGAAGAAUUUCUCGAAUGGUAUGAAAAUAGAGUAAAUACAAAUAAUAAUUUUAAUUUUAAGGAGGAAAUUCUCCAUUAUUGUAAAUUAAAUGUAAGUAUUUUACGAUUAGCAUGUAGUAAAUUUAGGAAGCUUAUUCUUGAUUGUGGUAAUGUAUGUCCUUUUACGGAAUGUACAACAAUUGCUUCGACCUGUAUGUUGUUUUACAGGAGGAAUUAUUUAAAGGAGAAGCAGAUUGGUAUUUUACCACGGUCAGGAUAUAGGUUAGCAGAUAAUCAAUCAAGGGUUGCGAUUGAGUGGUUGACAUGGCUAGAACAUAGUCAAAAUAUUAAAAUAAUUCAUGCACUACGUGGUCGUGAAAUAAUAAUACCUGGUGGAAUUAAACUCGACAGUUACAGAGAGGAUGAAGACGGACAAAAGUUUGCAUAUCAGUUUCAUGGUUGUUUUUGGCAAAGUUGUCCGAAAUGCUUUAAAUCAAACAGAUCUCAACCAACAUUUAAAAAUAAAAACAUCAAACAUAGUAGUUAUAAUAUUAGGUAUGAAAAUACCCAAAUACAAUCUCAAAAAAUUGAGAGUAGUGAAUAUUAUUUGAUUGAGAUCUGGGAAUGUGAAUUUAAUCACGAAAAAAAAAACAAUCCUGAGCUGCAGGCCUUUCUCGCGUCUUCUGAAGUUAUUUCGAUUCAAGCGCUUAACCCUAGAGAUGCCUUUUUUGGUGGACGUACAGGUAAUGCGAAAACAUACUAUGAUGUAAAGCAAGAUAAGAAUGGUAAAGAUAUUGAAAAAAUCAAGUAUGUGGACGUAUGUUCCUUAUAUCCAUGGGUCUUAAAAAGAGGAUAUUUUCCGAUAGGUCAUCCAACGGUUUAUGUCGGAAAAGAGUGUAAUACCCUUUGCGUCAAUAAUGAUAUUUCAAAGGUAGAGGGAUUAAUUAAAUGUAGAGUUUUGCCUCCGCGUAAUUUAUUUCACCCAGUACUUCCUUAUAGAGCUCAUGGAAAAUCAUUUUUUCCUCUAUGUAAAGCCUGUUGUGAUAAUUUAGUUCAAGAGGAAUGUUAUCACAAUUGUGUGUCAGAGAGGGAAUCAUAUGGUACAUGGGUAUCUUGUGAGCUCCGUAAAGCAGUAGAAAAGGGAUAUAUUAUUCAGGAAAUAGAUGAGAUUUGGUCUUAUAACACUGUCCAGUAUAUUCCCGGGGAUGAUAAUAUUACGGGUCUGUUUGUUGAAUACAUUAAUACUUUCUUGAAAAUCAAACAAGAAGCUUCAGGAUGGCCCGUUCAUUGCAUAGACGAACAAUCGCGUCAAGAAUAUAUUGAUAAUUAUGAAGCUAGGGAGGGUAUUACACUGGAUACCAAUAAAAUCGCUAAAAACCCCGGUCUAAGAUCUCUAGCUAAGUUAUUUUUGAAUUCAUUUUGGGGUAAGUUUGAGCAACGUGAAAACAUGAAAAAGAAAUCAAUUGUUAAAAAUUACAACGAAUUGAUAGACUUAGCUUUCAACCCUGAGAUUGAAGUAACAUCACUACUACCAGUAAAUGAUGAAACUGUUUUUGUUUCCUGGCAAAAUAAUUCUGAGUGUUAUUCACCAUCUGAUCGUGCUAACGUUGUAAUUGCUGCUUUCACUACCGCUCAAGCGCGCCUUAAAUUGUAUGAUUAUUUAGAUGUCUUGAAUGAAAAAGUAUUGUAUUAUGAUAAUGAUUCGGUCAUAUACAUAAGUGAUGGCACUAAUGAUUUACCUACGGGGGAUUUUUUGGGUGACCUAACAGAUGAAUUAGAAAGUUAUGGAAAAGGUAGUUAUAUUUCUUCCUUUGUAUCAGGAGGCCCAAAAUUUUAUUCUUACGUUGUUAAACAUGAGGGUAAAACCAGUGAAUGUUCUAAAUUAAAAGGCGUUAAAAUUAAUGGGUCUACUGAAAAGUUAAUUAAUUAUAAUUCCAUACGUUCUCUAGUAGUUAACCAGGAAAAAGAGUUUCUGGUAUCCUAUAUAGGUAUACGGAGAGAUAAUUACCACCAGGUCGUAACAAAGAAAGAAACGAAAAUCAUCAGAGUUACGGGCCCCAAAAGGCGUAGAGAAGGAGAGGCUGAUACUUAUCCUUAUGGGUAUAAAAAAUCUCGUAACAACUAA